AUGUCGAAUAAAACCGUAGAGAGAAAUGUCAACUUGAAAUCAUCGCUGAUGAUGACAUUUGAAAAUAGUGCUGAUGUAUUAGAAACAAAUUCAAUGUUAACCGAUGAUGAAGCCACAUUAUAUGAUCGUCAAAUACGUUUAUGGGGAGCCGAUGCUCAAUUAAAACUUCGACAAACUCGUUUAUUAAUUAUCAAUGUAAAUAGUUUAUCGAUUGAAGUAUGUAAAAAUUUAUGUUUAGCUGGUGUUGCUGGUAUAACCAUCAUGGAUAAUGAAAAAGUAAAACAAUCGGAUGUUGAUCAUUCUUUAACAUUAACAAUAUCAAAAGAAAAUAUCAAUGAAUAUAAAGCAGAAUGUACAUGUAAAAUGUUACAACAAUUAAAUCCACGUGUACAUAUGCUAGCCGAUUAUCAAAGAACAAUUGAAGAAAUUGAUAUUAAUUAUUUAAAUAGUUUUGAUUUUGUUUGUAUAUUCAAUCAUUUUAAUUACCAACAAAUUUUAUAUUUGAAUAAUUUAUGUCAUCAAACUAAGAAUAACGAUAGACAUAUCAAUUUUUUUUGUGCAGCAACAUUUGGCUUAUAUGGUUAUGUAUUCAAAGAUUUAGGCGAAUCGUACGAUUAUUUCAGCGCAAUUUCCCUUGGUACAGAAACACUGAUCAAAGGAGAAGGUGGACAUCCAUCUGAAUCUCAAAAAAAUGAACAAAUUACAAAAAAAAAUGAACGAAAAUUUAUUACAUUUGAAAAAGCAUUAAAAACAGAAUGGCGACCAAGUAAACGGCGAGAAAUUUAUCGUUCAGGUUUAACAACAUAUACGUUAUUAAAAGCACUUUUGGCAUUUUUUGAAAAAUAUCAACGUGUACCUGAAUUAAAAACACACGAUAUUGACAUACCAAAUUUACUUUCAAUUAUAAAACAUCUCGAUCAAACAGCAACAACAAGCAAAGAUAUUGAUAGCAGUAUGAAUGACAAUGAAUUGAAUGAAGAAAUGCUAACAGAUAUUUUAAAUGACAACAACGCUGUUGCAUCGAUUGUCGGUGGUGCAAUGAGUCAUGAUAUUGUUAAGGCAUUAUUAAGAUCCAUGAUUACACCAAAUCCAUUAUCGAAUACGAUUAUUACCCAACUUAUUCAUCAACCAUCAUCAGAUUCUUCAACAGCUAUUCUAAUAACAACUACUAUCAGUGCGUUAGCAACCUCUUCACCUGCACGACUAUGUCAAUAUCAAUCAUAG